AUGUCUGGCCGCCCAGAGAGCAGAUCCAACUCUUGCAGUAGCCGUUCAAAUAAUCCCAACAACCCGUCCUUACCGGCUCGAACUCCAGGCUGGACCCAAGGCUCUGGCUCCAACGACGCCAACGACGUCAAGGGCUCCCGCGUCUGCAACCCUAGUGGCUCAGACUUCAGCUCCUGCAGCAGCCACUCAGAGCCUUCGUUGGGUGUCAACUCCCCCAAACUCCUCAAGGGCAGAGUGUGCAUGGGCCGGCCCUACAACUCCAAGUGCGUGGAGUCAAGUCAAUUGGAAAAAGGCUCCAAGGUGGCCAGGAAGACCUCUUAUCAGCCCUCUGAGGGCAGCCCCAACUGCUUGCUCUGCUCAGAACGGCCUUUGGGCCCCACCGGCUCCAGCCUCUUGGACCAGCUCAUCAAAGGCAUCAACUACCUGGACCGAUCUACCAACGCCUUCUACAGCAACUGCCCCAAAACGCUGAGCCUGCCGCGGCUUGCUGCCAGCUACCUGGAACGAGCUGCCAACUCCCUCUACCUGGACCACAUGGAACGCACUUCAUCCCCAAGUUACUCCGCCCCCAGCGGCAGCCUGCACGCCAGGGACGGCUCCAAACACAGCACCUGCACGGUGUCAUCCACUAGGGGCGCCAACGAGCUGCAGUGUCUGGCCCGCUCCACCAACCAGAGCUGUCCCCACCAGCAUCAUGGCCACAACUUGACUUCCAUGCGGCAGAGGCCAGGCAUCAAGCUGCCUGAGCUCCCCUUGUUUGGCAAUGGGCUUUUCUCCUUAGAUCGUCUGCCCAAGUUCUGGGAAGCCAUCCGCUCUGGCUGGAGUGCCCCUGAGCCCGUCUCCAAACCCUCCAACUGGUGGUAA